AAUCUUGGAGGGGUUAGUUAAAUCUUGUGGUGCAAGAACAUUGUAUGGAUAACCUUGAUUGCUCAAGGGAAGGGAUUAGCUUUGGACUACUACUACUACUGGUGCGGCCAUUUGCUUUCGUGGAUUUUGGCAUCUGGUCAUUGAAAGAGGACACACAGACUGCACGAUAGCGAUAUAUAACAACCCAGAACGUAAUUCUUAGCGGUAUGGUGUGGUGUGUAUCGUUUUGAUCCACUUGAAUCUUUUUCCAGGUUGGAUAUACGAAAGCUGAUUGAUAGGACUCAUCAAUGGAACAAAUUUUCCUGAGUUGGCAUGUCAGUCAGGUAUGGCCAUGGGUAUGUUAAUCUUUAAGGGGUUUGACUGGGAUAUACUGCAUAUAUACAGGGCUGUUUUGGUAAUUGCUGGUGGUAUGAUCGGCUUCCAGGACUAAAGAGGAAUAGAUGUGGCUGUGAAAGAGAGUGGAAUUCCGAAUUCAUGCCAUGCUGAGAAAUCUGUAAGUUAGUUAUGGUUUCCUUACCUGCUGUUUUCAUGCUUGUUCGCUUUAUUAUUGUUCUUUUUUCCUUUGUGUCUGCCGUGCAUUGUGGAGUUGACCUUCACUAUUAAUGGUCCAAAUUGGACAAAAAAGCCAAUUUUGGUUUGUUUUCUCCUUAUCUUAUCUAGAAUGUUUUUUGUUUGGUUUUUACAAGUGAUGUUAGGCUGGAGUACAAUAUUAAUGUUUCUGAUAAGUUGGGUUAUUGAAAAGAAUCGGUUUUAAACACAUGGUAUUAAAGUUUUUGUUGAUAAAAUCUUUCUUUACUUGGAUCUUGAUAACUCCCAGUACUAAUAGAUUGUGCUAAUCACAAAAUAUUUCAGCUGAAAACCCAAAAAGAAAUAAUAUAAAAUUUAUUAUUGAGUCAAAUAACUUGAGUUAUCGAAAUUCGGUUCACAAAUAAAACAUGCAUAUCUUAUAAUUGGAGCACAAACAAACCAGCACACAUCUUUUUUACUUGUCCAGGAAUGUUCAUCAACAUUUUAGUUCUUUUAUCAAAUGCAUAUAUAUCAUCAACAUAAUCAUUUUCUGUCCAUAUAUUUUAGAUACUUUAGAAAGAGAGCAACUUUGAAAACAUCACUUUACAUGCCCAAUACAGCCUAGCUGUUUCUUCAAUUGAGUUACAACAUCGGACCUCUCCAGACUCCAGAUGAGCACUAGCUGGCUGGCUGAUCCCUGCCCACUUCCAAUAGGAACAUAGAUCCAAAACUUGAUAUUCAGGUCUGGACAAAUUAAUGUUGAUUAUAUUUUAAGAAUAGAAGUAAUGACAGACCAAUUUAAGGUAUCCAUCUAAGUAGACCAUUAUACAAGAGGGCGGAGAACAGUAAUUGUUUGUUAUUAGUAUUGCUAGAUACGCCAAACCCUGCUUCAUCUCUGAACCUGAAGCAGCUUAGCCAUCCCCCAAUAAUUAUGGCCAGAGUAGCUUUCUUUGCAUUAAAAUCCGUGGGGGUUGUGUCAUUAAUACUUCGCUUCGAGCAAUCCUUUCCCAAAGAACAGGACCACCAAAACAAUUUCCUUGCUGCUGCCAAAAAAGCCUCUAAUUUGGCGCAUAUCAUGAUCUGUUAUGUUCUGUACUGUUGUGUGCUUUAAUUCUGAUCCAACCUGUCCUCUUCAACUUUACAUUUUCCCUUCUUUCUCUCGAUAAGGAAUCAAUUCCGUCGUUAUUAAUUGCAUUUUUUUUUUGUGUAACAACUUUUGUGACCUUCCAGUGUUUGGACUAAUUAAUUAACCAGCUGGAAUGUUUGAGCAGGUUGGUUGAUGAGCAAGCCCGUGGGUUACUUAUGCUUCUCAUAAGCUAGUUGAACAAGUGGAAAAAAGCAGGAGCUUGAGAAUCUUGCUGUCAUGGCGCCAUGGCGGUGAUAUAAUAAGCUAAUAACCAAUGGUGGGCUGUGUUUAGGGCUGGUCGGGAAUUGGAAGUUAGGUUCCAAGAAGAACCCAACUGUGUUUGCUAAAGAGAGGAAGAAAGCGCGUUCCUUUUCACUUUCCAUGUCCUUCAUGUUUCGUUAUUAACUUUUUAUUUUUUAUUUUUUGCCUGUUUGAACAGACAAGAAGAUAUUGGAGACAGAAGCCAUUAAACGCUGAUGGGAAGCAUCAUGGGCACAUGCACGUGUGGAAGAGGAAGAAGAAGAAGAAGAAGAAGGCAAGAAACAUCUCAUCAUCUAACAAACAGGAAUCAGCAACAAGCAAGCAUUGACGUGGAAAAGUAGUAGGGAUGGGAUGGGAUGGGGGUGAGAUAGAAAGAAGCUGCCUAUUGGUCUGGUCUGGUCUGGUUUGGUUGGCAGCUGAUCGUUUCAGCUUUGGCAAUUAUUGUUAAACAUUUUUCUCUUCUUUUGGUUUGAUUUUUCAGGGAUGGAAAUUGGUUGAAGGAAGCCACGUCUGUGCAGGCAAAGCCAUUCAUGGGGGAUUUUUGAAUGAAUUGUUUGUGGGUAUAUAUGGCUAUGCAUGGCUUCAUUUAGUUUCAGUCAUUCUUCAUUGAGCUGGACCUGGAGGGGACGUAUCGAGGGUCCCUCCCUUCGUUUCGUUUCCCUCUGUACAAGGAAAGGAAUUGAAGGUGCUUGUUAGUUAGGGAUAAGGAUACGCCAUAAAAGGUUGUUAUGUGUAAAUGUUAUGUAGCAAUUUGGGAACUUGUUACUAAGCUUGAAUAGGGGUACCAAUUUGAACCUAGGUAUUACCUGGCCUAAUCAGAUUUGGAGUGAGGCAUGUGUAUUCUUACAACCUUAUUUUGUUAUAUUCUGUACUUGUACUUUGAUUUGUAUAUCUUUUUAUUAUUAUUUGUAUUUCUCAUGUUUCUGACUUUUCUUGAUUCGUAUUUCAUCUGAGAAUACUUUAAAUAAGUAGAAUACUUUAUCUUUUAACUAUUUGUACUCAACUCGUUUAUCAAUUUAUCUCUACUUUUCAUUUAUAAAGUAUUUCAAAGAUAAACACUUUCUUGCAUUCUGGAUCCUCUAGUGGUGGAGACUCUUGUGUUACGUGAAGCAAUCCAGUGGUGUAAUGCUCUUGGCUUCCCCCAAGUAAUAUUUGAGGGUGAUACUAAAGUGCUCAUUGAUAAGAUUAAUGCCAACGAUGCUCAGUAUGGACGUGUUGGGUCCAUUAUUAAGGAGAUUUUGAGUAUGCUGACUCUGCAUAGUGGCUUCCAGGUUAGGUUCGUAGGUCGGAAUAGCAAUAAGAUAGCCCAUUAUGUGGCUCGAAAGACACUGUCUUUGUCUCUGGCCUCGUGUCAAUUGUACGAUUUUCGUGCCUGGAUUGGUUUCAGGAUGUAACUUGCGAUCUCUUCUAAAUCAAUAUGAUUAUCUUUCGUAAAAAAAAAACACUUUCUAUAAAUAAAAUCUUAAAUCGUUGCCCUGUCCUGAUUUGUAAUCAUACAUUUACUACCGACAUGAUUUGCACUUGGUGUGAGAUGAAUAGCACCAUCCCGUCUCAUUGCGUUGCCCUCAGUAAUGUGGAGACGAAAAUUAGGGGAUAUGUUUACCAAAAAAAAAAAAGAAAUUAGGGACUAUGGGCCAAAUGGGUUCCGUUAGUUGUAAUUUAGGGGUGUUCAAACAGUUUGGUUACCGUGGUAAUCGUUUUAACUGGUACAAUUUGAAUAAUUUGGUUUGGUUAAUUUGGAUGUUUGGUUUGGUUUGGUUAAAAAUUUUAGCUUGUUUGGUCUGGUUUCAGACACUCCUAACCAGUCAAACCAAAUUAACCAGUUAAGUAAUUAGUCAUAUAUCUAACAUAUAUUAUAUACACAUACUUAAUACUUUGCAUAAUCACUCAAGAGUUAACGUUCAUCCCUUUUCGACUCAUAAAAUAUAAAGCUCAAUAUUGCUUAUAUAGUAUAUAUUUGUAUAUGUAAAGUGUAGAACACAACAUAUGGGCGCCUAAUUUAGAUAAAUUCCAUACAUUAUGAUGGAUGAAAACUUGAAAGGAAGGUCAUUUCCAGCCUAUGAUAAUUGCUAAGAGACUAAGUCAAUUUACACAAACAAUUAACCAAACCGAUUAAACUUUAGUUUGGUUAAUUUGGUUGUUGUAUUAGUUAGGACGGUUUGGUUAUGAUAUUGUAUUUCUUGGUUAAUGGAAUUUAGCCUUAUUUGGUUUGGUUAUAACCAUCAGUGGCGGACCCAGAAAUUUUUCAUAGGGGUUUCCUCUUUUAAAAAUAAAUUAAAUAAAAAUAAUUAAUAAUUAAUAAAAAUAAAAUCGUAAAUUUGAAAAUACCUUACUCGUACAGGUUAAAAAAGUCCAUGAUUUGUUUUCAUAUUCGGAAAUAAUUGUAGAAUACACUUGGUUUCUAUAGUGUUAAAAAAAUUGUCUCUAUAUACCCUACUAGACAAUCAUUCGCAAACUUAUCGCAUAUUCGAUUUGUAAACUUGUUCUCGAUGUAAUCCAAAGCUGAAAGACUCUUUCAACACUUGCUCUCGAUGUUCUCGAUUUGUAAACUUGUUCUCGAUGUAACCCAAAGUUUGAAAUUAGUUUAAUUGUUAGGUUUUUAAAUUAAUUAGAGAUAGAAAAUGACAUUUUACUAUUACAUUUUUCAAAAUCGAACAACAAAUGAGUUGUAGGUCAACGAAAAUUAAGUUUAUUAAUAAGAAUAGUGUUCAAGAUUUGAAUUACCUAAUCUACCACUUAUAUUCCUAUACACAAAUGACAGUAGGAUAAUCAUGUUUUCAAAUUUCAGGGGUGUCCCUCACUAUCAAUUCUAUAUUUAUUAUUAUUAUUAUUACUAAUAGGGUAAUCUUUAUUAUGGUUAGUAGUAUUCUAGUAGAAUUAGGUUUAUUAGUAGGGUUUCUCUAUAUUCGCUAUAAAUAUGUACUAGGCCUAUUCAUUAAAAAUCAAUAAGAAAAAUAUUAAGAAACCCCUCCUAAACCCUAUGGUUAGUAGUAUUCUAGUAGAAUUAGGUUUAUUAGUAGGGUUUCUCUAUAUUCGCUAUAAAUAUGUAUUAGGCCUAUUCAUUAAAAAUCAAUAAGAAAAAUAUUAAGAAACCCCUCCUAAACCCUAAUCUCCCUAUCCUCUCAAUUCUCGAUCUCAAUCCCUCUAAAGGCUUAGGCCGAUUCUCUAUCCUUCUCUUCUCAAAUCCCUAAUUCUGUUCUGAAUCCCUAAUUCCCAAUCUCACGACCAGACCCGAUAGAACCCUAAUAGUAGGUUCUAUCAUUUGGUAUCAGAUCCAUGGUCACGAAUCUGAGUUCAUCACAACUCUCACCAGGAAAUUGUUAUCAAAACCUCUAUCAAGGGAUUGAACCCCCCAAGCAAGCCUAGCAAAACAUGAAGCUAACAUGGAAGUUCACCACAACAAUAUGAUGGCAAGCCUCGAAAAACGUCUAGUCAAACUCGAGAAAAUUAUGGCCCGCCGCCGCGCGACCAACAUCCAUACAGAAUCGGCAGAUCCGUCAGAGGUGACGACAAAUGACGGCUCGACAGUCAUGGAGGAAGCCGCUGACUACGACACAGUGGAAAAGGAGUCCUUGACCUCGGGAGAUGAGGCGGCCGAUGAGGCUAAGGUGACUCAGCAACCACCACCGGUAGCGGCUGAAAUCGCCGCCAUAAUUCGUCCAGCUGUGGUCGAGGAAGAAGACCCGGACGCCGCAGACAAGGAUGAGAAACAUCAGUUCUUGGCUACACCAGCAACUUGCACCCCCAUUGAAACAAGCACACAAGCUGUUGGAGAUAAAUUCGCCGCUAGCCUCGGCGAACAGCUGCUCUCGGACGAGACAGAGAAGAUGAUGGCAUCGGUGAGACCAGAAGGAGGAGGGACUCCGGGACAGAGGGGAAGCAGCUCGUCUCCGCGGGGAAGGAAGGAAAAUGAUAUCGGCAGGAACCUCUACUCGCCGAGGAGGAAGAAGAAGAAGCAGAAUUGGAAACCAAAGGUCGGAGACAGAUUCAACCGCCAACGUGAAACUGAGCGUCGGCGGCUGUUUGCGGUGACGAAAGCCUAGGUCAACUCGUGGCAGUCGCGACGACCAGGGAAGCAGCAAUCGGCGGCAGCUCACGUUGUGUUGUCGAUCGACUGGGAGAAAUAAUUGACGGUGAGCGGCGUGGCCUCGGGAUCUAUUAUCCAUCGCUUGACGAUCUGCUCAACGCCGGAGAAGGAAUUAAAGUGUAACACCCCGAAUUUCAGGUUUAGGUUCUAUCAUAAUAAAUGAACGGUUGGAUGGACGGUGUACGAAAAACUCCAAUCAAACCAAAUCAGGUUAAGGAUCAAGGCCACAUUUAUUGACGCAACCCAAAUCAAUCAUUGCCUGGCAU